AUGCCCAAGCUAGUUCUGUACACGCUGCACUUAAGCCCACCGUGCCGGGCCGUGGAACUGACAGCCAAAGCGUUGGGAUUGGAACUGGAGCAGAAGACCAUCAACCUUCUCGCCGGUGAUCAUUUGAAGUCGGAGUUCUUGAAGCUAAACCCCCAACAUACGAUCCCGGUGCUGGAUGACGAUGGUACGAUCAUUACCGAGAGCCAUGCGAUCAUGAUCUAUCUGGUGACGAAGUACGGCAAGGAUGACACCCUGUACCCAAAGGAUCCGGUGCAGCAGGCUCGCGUGAAUGCAGCCCUUCACUUUGAAUCUGGUGUACUGUUCGCACGAAUGCGCUUCAUUUUUGAACGUAUUCUUUUCUACGGGCAAUCAGAUAUACCCGAGGAUCGCGUCGAGUACGUGCGGAAAUCGUACCGCUUGCUGGAGGACACACUGGUGGAUGAUUUUGUUGCUGGGCCGAAAAUGACGAUUGCCGACUUUAGCUGCGUUUCAACGGUUGCCAGCAUUAUGGGUGUUGUUCCGCUGGAACAAUCGGAACAUCCACGGAUUUAUGGGUGGAUCGAUCGUUUGAAGCAGCUGCCAUACUACGAGGAAGCGAAUGGUGGCGGUGGAACGGAGCUGGGCAAGUUUGUACUUGCCAAAAGGGAGGAAAAUGCUAGAGCUUAA